AUGGCCUUCGGAUUUGUUUUAAAGCUUUCUCCAGCCCGACAGAUUCUUUCCCCUUUGCGGGAUCUUCUGGGCCAGUUUCAUCAUUUCCAACAUGGUCUACGUGACUUGUUUUCCGCAGGAAACCAUCUUGACCACUGCACCACCAACGCCUUCGGCGCCGCCGCCGCUGCCGCCUUCGCCUGGGCCUUCUUCGCGGGGGCGAAGGCCUCGGCCUUUGACGUUUUAUCUUUUAUUUCUUAUCCAUCAAAAUUCAAGUGGAGCGACCCCACGGACGUCUUUUUCUUUUUGUUUUUUUUAAUUCUUUUUCUAAUUGGCAUUUUCGUCGACUACCGCCGAGACCUCGCCCAGCGGAGCCCGGGCUUCGGCGAAGGCAAAGACGAAGGCCCAGCCCCCAGAUGGGUGGGUACUGAGGCCCCCGGCAUAGACCUCCAGGGGGGCCCCCCUGCUGCAGCAAAAGGGGGCCCCUCGGAGGCCUCUUCAGAAGCUUCGGAGCCUUUCCUCAUUUUCCCGGACUCCGCGGAGAAACCAGGUGGAAUUCGGAGAAAUGGAGAAGAGGCAGAAAAAGACUCAAAUGAAAACAGCGAAACUGAAAGUGUGGAACAAGACGACGAAUUUGUUUCCAAGUGGAUACAGCGAGCCCAAGUACCUAAACCCUAA